GAAAGGGCCCCUUUACGUUGGUGCAUUUCGUCGGUAUGACAGGUUUCCUAACCUGAAUAUUCGUCAACUUUAACGAUUAAUAUCUCGCUUUCCGGGGCAGAGCGAAGCUUUUUUCUGCCAGAUUCGUUUGUUUGAAGCAAAACUGCAUCGAAUAAGCAUAAUUAUAUCGAUAUUUGAGAAUGAGUAGCUAAACUGAAUAAUUACCAAAAUUUCUUAUUCGCCGUUAUUAUCAGUUUACUGUGCUUUAAUGACAUAAGUGUGGCAGUUUAGAAUACACAUUUACAUUUUAUUAAAUUACGUGAAAUUGCAAUUUCAACAUUAUUUGCCGCUUUGGUUAAGAUACUUUGAUCCUGAAUUGAGUCAUUUGUCUCGCCAACAGUAAUAUGAAAAUGCAAUAAUUUAACAUAUCUAAUUAAUGCAGACUGUCAAUUCCACGACAGCCAUAGAAUUGCUUAUUGCAAUAGGCAUUUAUUGUAAUUAUUCCAAUUAAGCUCAAGAUGCAGCUGGAUAAGGGACUGGCAUCAAAGUAUACCUACAUCACAUUUGUGAUCACAACUUACUGGAUAGUAUCUAUUCUAACUGUAUUUAUGAAUAAAGCACUCUUGUCCAGUGAUACUGUGAAUUUGGAUGCACCUCUGUUUGUAACUUGGUUUCAAUGUAUAGUGAGCGUAGCUAUCUGCAUUAUUUUACGCAGAAUGUCCCAAUGGUUUCCAAACUACAUUGAAAUUACAAAUGGUAGUCCAUUUAGAAAAGACACUUUGAAAAAGGUAUUACCAUUAUCAAUCUUAUUUACUGCAAUGAUAGCGACUAAUAAUUUAUGCUUGAAAUAUGUCGGCAUUGCUUUCUACUAUGUGGGCCGUUCGCUAACGACAGUAUUUAAUGUUGUAUUUACCUACAUUUUACUUGGGCAAAAGACAUCUUUCAAGUGCAUAGUGUGCUGCGCGGUGAUCAUUGCCGGGUUCUGGUUAGGGGUAGAUCAGGAGCACGUCGCAGGCUCAUUAUCUGUUCUCGGAACGCUUUUCGGAGUACUCGGCUCAUUGUCGUUGUCCUUGUAUUCUAUUCACAUGAAACGGACACUCCCGGCUGUGAAUCAGGACAUCUGGUUACUUUCCUAUUACAACAAUGUGUACAGUAUCAUCAUCUUCAUCCCCUUAAUGAUAAUCAGUGGCGAGCAUCAUGCUAUAUAUAAUUACGAGAAGUUUGGACAUCCCUUUUUCUGGAGCGCCAUGACAAUUGGCGGUGUAUUUGGUUUCGCCAUUGGAUACUUUACGGCGCUUCAGAUAAAAGUCACAUCCCCGUUGACGCACAACGUCAGUGGUACCGCAAAAGCAUGCGCCCAGACAGUUUUAGCGACUUAUUGGUUCAACGAAGAGAAGUCGUUUCUCUGGUGGAUAAGCAAUAUCGUUGUCCUCACUGCCAGCGCGUCUUACGCAAGGAUUAGGCAACUGGAGUUGAGCAGGGAGUACAAAAUUGAGACGCGACAGCUCAAAGUUUAAUAACGGUAAAAAGACGUAACAAAUUUUAUUUAAAUUUUUAUAUUUAAGAAGGCUCGAUACCUACAUUUCUAGUCAAUAAAGAGUAUUACAUUAAAAUGUUCUUAAUUCUGUAUGAAUUUUAACAAAAAUAAAAUUAAUUUUAACUUUUAUUUUAAUGAUAAGAAUGUUGAAUAUUUUUAUUUAUUUAUAAAUUACAAAUGCAAUGUAAAUACAUCAAAAUGAUCACCUAAGUAAUCACUUUAGACGCUGCGUCAUGCGCAUGCGUGUCACAUGUAUGUCGUCAUGCGCGCACGAUCUCUGCGAUUCCACAUCAAACAUAAAUCUACUUGACAUUUUAAUGAUAAAUAUCUUUUAACAUUCUUAUCAUGAAUGAAAAGAUUAUGAUUCUAUCUUUCUACUCUCUAAAUUUUGUUACUACCACAGAUAUUUUCAGCGAGAAAAUACACUACUUUCGAUGAGAAAUCUUACAAUUCUCAUAAGAGCAAUAUUAAUUAGCUCUAAAACCGAUUGCAUCUUUCUCCAAUAUUUAAUCGAUAAUGUGGUCUAAAAUUUUGUGUACAUACAUAUUUUAGCACCGGCAACAAUGUGUGCAAGUAUUAAAUUCAUCUGAGUUAUUUUGUAUCGAGCCUCCUUUACAUAACAGUGUAUAUAAUAUUUUCUUAUAUUUCAAGAAGAUACGCAACAAUAUAUGGACGAAAGGUUAUUUUUUACGAAGACGUUAUUACAUGCAAAAUUGACGGGGAAGUUCAGCAAUUUUGCAACAGUUAGCCAAGGCUACGUUAGGUUCGCUAAAGUGACGAAGUACGAGUUAAUUCUGCAAAUUGCCGUGUCGCGAGGUGACAUGCAUGUGAGUGUUGAGAUACUCAAACCUGCUGGAAAAAAGCGUACUGGAAUGUUUUUCGUAAUGAUUUACGCCAUCUAUUAGAGGACAAGAACCGUGCAAUGAUGUUAAAGUGUUGAAGUCAGUGAUUUUACUCCCCAAAAAGUGUCACAAAAGGGAUGCGUUUUCGACGUAUACGUAACAAAAAUAUCUUUGCGUGUACAUAUCGAUGCAUGUAAGAAAACAGUAUUAAAAUAUUAAAUAUUU